AUGGCCGGCGGCGGGACCAGCAUCAGGAAGUAUGUGGGCGCCCUCAAGGACUCCACCACCGUCAGCAUCGCCAAAGUCAACAGCGACUACAAGCAACUGGACAUCGCGAUCGUCAAGGCCACCAACCAUGUGGAGAGGCCUGCAAAGGAGAAGUACAUCAGAGACAUUUUCAUGCAUCUUAAUUCCGGGCGGGCUCGGGCGGACGUGGCCUACUGCAUCCGCGCCCUCGCGAGGCGCCUCUCCAAGACGCGCAACUGGGCGGUUGCACUGAAGACGCUAAUUGUCAUACACCGUGCCCUUCGCGAGGUCGACCCUUCUUUCCGUGAUGAGCUCGUCAGUUACGGAAGAUCUAGCGGCCAGAUGCUACACAUGUCCUAUUUCAAAGAUGACUCCAGCCCUGAUGCUUGGGAUCACUCUGCUUGGAUACGCAAUUAUGCUUUAUUUUUGGAAGAGAGGCUCGAAUCUUUCCGUGUGCUGAAUUAUGAUGUCGAACUGGAUCCAUUGGGAACACGAGAUGUUGAUACAACUGGUUUGCUUGCACAACUGCCAGCAUUGUCGCAGCUUCUUUUUCGGCUAAUUAGUUGUCAGCCGCAUGGGUCAUCAUCUUAUAACACCAUAAUCCAGCAUGCCCUUUCAAUGGUUGCUACGGAGAGUGUUAGGAUCCAGACAGCCAUCAAUGAUGGCAUACUCAAUCUAGUUGACAAGUUCUUCGAUAUGCAUAGGGACGACGCUAUUAGGGCCCUCGAUAUAUACAAAAAAGCACUUAAGCAGGCAGGGCAACUUUCUGGAUUUUAUGAGACAUGUAAAACCAUACAUAUUGGGCGGGAUGAGAAGCUGUUAACAAUCGAGCAGCCUCCUGCGUCAUUCUUGCAAGCUAUGGAAGAUUAUGUGAGAGAUGCUCCCCUUGCUUCAAAAAACCAGGCUGUACUGGCAAUAGAGUACAACAGAAAACCAGAAGAGGAAGAAGCAUCAACUCCACCACCACCUCCUCCUCAAGUAUCAACUUCAGAGAAAGAACCAGAACCAGAGCCGGUUAAAAAAGUCGUGCCUAGAGUCGAGCAAAUAGAUUUGCUGGGGAUGGAUGAGCCGAUCCCUGACACGUCCGAGCUAGAUCAAAACAAUGCUUUGGCCUUGGCAAUUGUUGAACCAGAUAAUGCGCCUAAAGCUGCUGUUAGUUCCGAAAACGUCGCCACUAGCUGGGAGCUGGCUCUGGUCACAGCACCCAGUGCAAGUGAAAAUGUUGCUACUUCAAGAAACUUGGCCGGUGGACUGGACCUGCUCACCCUCGACAGCCUCUACGACGACGCGCACCGGCACACGCAGCAGAACGCAAGCUACAACCCCUGGGAGCAGCCGGCCCCGGCUUCAUCGGCUCCAAUGAUGCAGCAGCAGUAUCAACCGCAGCCGAUGCACAACCCGUUGUACGCCUCGGCGCAGCAGCAGCAGGCCUUCAUGCUCCAGCAGCAGCAGGCCUUCGUGCUCCAGCAGCAGCACCAGUACCAGCAGCAGUACCAGCAGAUGAUGAUGAUGGGCGCGCCGUCCCUCCAUCGCCAGGCGUCCUCCAACCCGUCGCUCCAUCGUCAGGCGUCCUCCAACCCGUCGCUCCAUCGCCAGGCGUCCUCCAACCCGUCCUUCCAUCGCCAGGCGUCCUCCAACCCGUUCGACAGAUCAUACGUGCCGGCAGGUGGUUACCCUAAUGCUCCGGCGAUGCAGCUCCACACCGGCAACGCCUACAAUGGGACCGGCAUGAUGUAG